CGAAAAAUGGCAUUGAUUCCAAGCUUUUUCGGUAACUCACGAAGCAACAUCUUCGAUCCUUUCUCUGCUCUCGACGUUUGGGAUCCAUUCAGAGACUUUUCUUUCCCUUCAUCUUCUUCCCUCGUCUCUCGUGAAAAUUCUGCUUUUAUUAACACUCGCAUUGACUGGAGAGAGACACCAGAGGCUCAUAUAUUCAAGGCUGAUCUCCCUGGGCUCAAAAAAGAGGAAGUGAAAGUAGAAAUUGAAGAUGACAGAGUGCUUCAAAUCAGCGGGGAGAGAAAUGUGGAGAAGGAAGACAAGAACGACACGUGGCAUCGCGUGGAGCGUAGCAGUGGCAAGUUCAUGAGGAGGUUCAGGCUGCCGGAGAAUGCAAAGAUGGAUCAAGUAAAGGCUUCAAUGGAAAACGGAGUACUUACUGUCACUGUUCCUAAAGAGGAAGUCAAGAAACCUGAUGUUAAGGCUAUUGAGAUCUCUGGUUAAGUUUCAGCUUAUAAUGAUGUUAUCUCAAUAUAUAUAUAUAAUGAUAU